GGGAUGAGUGGUCUCAACAAAAAGGUGCCGCGGACUCUGCAGGACAGUUGGGACAUCGCAUCCUACGCAUCUGGGCCCAGUUUCUGGAAACCUACCGAAGUGCAAAGGAUGUAGAAGCGUCGUUGUGGACUAAAUUUCCUAUGGAAGAAGGAAGUUCACUUUGUGUUUGCGUUAUCGAUCUUCUGUGCGAUCCACAAGCUCCCGAAGCACUCUUGUCGCAUCCUAUCAUCGAGCUCAGCAUCUUAAGGACUUGGAAAUAUGGCCUCUGUGCAGACUCACCAUCUGCUACUUCUACAUUCGAACGUCUGGUGCAUCGCUUUAGGUCAUUAUCAACACCUAGAGCAAUACAUCUGGUUGAUCUGAUCAGUAGAACAGCUUUCAUCAUCGUGCUUGCCCAGUAUCUCCUCUAUCCUCCAGCGAUAUUCUAUAUUUCCCUAGGUACUAGUGCUCAAGGCCCCCGAGAGGUCUUCCUUACCAUCAUGUCCGCUGCUCUUCUAUUUCGUUCUCCGUCUAUUCGUACUAUACCCUCCCUUCUAAUUUUCUUAGCCUUCAUCUUAACCUUGCCCUCUGUCCCUUCUCCUGGUGACUCCUCAUUUGCCAUCAUGCAGAUGGCUUUCAUAUCCCAUGUUCUCCUCCUCCUCCAUUCCUCGGAAAUACCUAGUCCCCUCUUCCUGUGCUUCAUAAAGCAGAGCUUGCCAAUGGCCACUCUCCUCUUCCACGGACUCACUCGGAUAUUCUUCCCUUUUGUCCUAUUCUACCUCCCCGCUCUCAUCAUCUCCACCUUCCUCCUCUCCAUUUCUCUGGCCGACACCUUCUUUGCGGGAUACACCACUCUCUCCUUCCAGCCCACGCCCGUGGACACGCGGUUUGCCUUUUUUUGUUUAUUUAUCUUGGAACCGCUCUUGCUCAUCGCAUCGCUGGGGAUGGCCGCCGCCACAUUCCACUCCUCCGCCUCUUCAGCCAACGACCUGAAAGGAUGGGACCGGUACUCCAAACCCAUCGGUCUCACCGCGCGCAGAAGCCUCCUCCGCGCCGCCCGAAGCUACGCCGCCCCCUACACCUUUCCGCCCCCUCUCAAUCUCGUCCACAUCCUCGCCAUCCGACUCCCGCGCGUCAUGCUGUAUCUCUUCGGGCAGGAACACUCGGUUGUCUAUGCUGCGAUGGGGUGGAUGGAGAGGUGGCUUUGGGGGAGCUGUGUUGGCACGUUGGCGGUGCUGGUUUCGGGACUGUGGUUGUGGGGCCUGGUGUAGACGUGUUUGAUGGUGGUAGGUUUGUGUUAUCUUACCGUCGUGCAGCGUACUAGGUAGCGCGUCCCGUGGGAUGUGCUUACCGCUUUCCCCGUCACUUGUAAUUCUUCUGGGGGAUCGUGAAUGUAAUUGAACUUGACACAUGCCCAAUCGAUAAUUCAUUAAGCGUGUGCUAAA